CAGGGUAAACGCAAGUCGGCCAGCAAGCCAGAAGGCAAGAAGAAGCGCGAGACCCUAUCAACCACCUUCCAAUGCCUGUUCUGCAACCACGAGAACUCCGUCUCGGUCAAGAUUGACAAGAAAGCAAGCACCGGCGAACUUACGUGCAAGGUCUGUGGACAAACGUUCCAGACCGUGACCAACUAUCUCAGCGCACCCAUCGAUGUCUACUCAGAUUGGGUGGAUGCUUGCGAU